ACACACACACUCACUAUCUCAAUUUAUGCCUAAGGUAUAUGAUCAGUUAAAAAGGCUUAAAAGCUCGGGGAAAUUGGAUCAGGGAGAAUCGUCACCCAACUUUCAUUAUUUCCAAGUAGUGUGAUUGAAUUAAAGGGCAGGGAGCUGGUUAGAAGGAGGAUCAGGGGCUCCGUGCGUAAUGGUGUGGUAUUAAAUUCUAAUUAGAGAUGCAGGAAUCAAUGAUAGGGAGGUUGGACAGCUCAGUUCCCCAGCGCCAGCCCAAUAGACGGAUGAGUUAUUGUCAUGUAAAAAGCGCCAGCAAUAAGACCCACCGCUUUGCUAUUGUCCAAGUGGAAAGAGCCAAGUUUAUUAUGAGGACUAUAUGCUCUAGAGACCUCAGACAAGGCAUCUCAUAGGAGGCUUUUUCAUAAAACUAGGCUCUGCCGGUAGUAAGGAGGCCACUUCAGAGGCAGGCGUUGAGCUGUGCACAUCUUCCCCACUCCAGCCACCUUCUCCACAUUCAUCUUUUAUUUCAUUUUGCCACUUGGCUGAGCCAUCCAGAACCUUUUCAAUGUAUAAAAUGGAAUAUUCUUACCUCAAUUCCUCUGCCUACGAGUCCUGUAUGGCCGGGAUGGACACCUCGAGCCUGGCUUCAGCCUAUGCGGACUUCAGUUCCUGCAGUCAGGCCAGUGGCUUCCAGUAUAACCCCAUCAGGACCACUUUCGGGGCCACGUCCGGCUGCCCGUCGCUCACGCCGGGAUCCUGCAGCCUGGGCACGCUCAGGGACCACCAGAGCAGUCCGUACGCAGCAGUUCCUUACAAGCUCUUCACCGACCACGGAGGCCUCAACGAGAAGCGCAAGCAGCGGCGCAUCCGCACCACGUUCACGAGCGCGCAACUCAAAGAGCUGGAGAGGGUCUUCGCGGAGACACACUAUCCCGACAUCUACACCCGGGAGGAGCUGGCCCUGAAGAUCGACCUCACCGAGGCGCGAGUCCAGGUGUGGUUCCAGAACCGACGUGCCAAGUUUCGCAAGCAGGAGCGCGCUGCUGCUGCGGCGGCGGCCGCGGCCAAGAACGGCUCCUCGGGCAAGAAAUCCGACUCGUCCCGGGACGACGAGAACAAAGAGGCCAAGAGCACCGACCCGGACAGCACGGGGGGCCCGGGCCCCAACCCCAAUCCAGCCCCAAGCUGCGGCGCAAGCGGUGGAGGCGGCGGCGGCGGGCCGAGCCCUGCGGGAGCUCCCGGAGCCGCGGGGCCCGGGGGCCCAGGAGGCGAGCCCGGCAAGGGCGGCGCAGCGGCGGCGGCAGCAGCGGCGGCGGCGGCUGCAGCGGCAGCGGCGGCGGCAGCUGCUGGUGGCCUGGCUGCAGCCGGGGGCCCUGGACAAGGCUGGGCUCCCGGUCCCGGCCCCAUCACCUCCAUCCCGGAUUCGCUCGGGGGCCCCUUCGCCAGCGUCCUCUCUUCGCUCCAAAGACCCAACGGUGCCAAAGCCGCCUUAGUGAAGAGCAGUAUGUUCUGAUCUGGGAUGCGGUGGCGGCCGCAGCAGCGGGCAGAGCCGGGCCCUUGCGGGCGAGCGGGCGAGCGGGUAGGCCCAAGGCUACUGUCUCGCUGCUGCCGUGGCUGCUUCCCCAGGGCCUAAAGUAAUCGCGAUCAGAACAAAAAAGAAAACGACAACGCCCUCAUUUCAACCCAAUUCAUACCCUCCUCUUCCUCAGCCCCUCAAACAAAAACAAGCAAAGCAAAAUGUUAAACUCUCCCUGGCUUGCACCUGCAGAAGGGGGACUAUGAGCGGAGCGGCCUGGACUCGGGGAGCACUCUCAGGGGGCUAUUGUCUGCGUGCCGGUGUCUGUCUGUUUUGGGGGCAGGUGUCAGGGAGAAAUGAGGCCACAGCCAGCUCCGUAACUUGCUUAGAAAAAGAGGAAAAAUAAACAAGAAAACGAAAAAUGAACCAUUCGUAAGGCAGCAACUUACAAAAAAAAAAAAAAAAAACCGAAAACAGGCUUUAGAAAUAAUAAUAGAAAAAGAGACAAUUAGAGGAGGGGAGAAUUUGCAGCCAGUGCUGUUUGAGGGCGUGCUUGCCCUUCUGCCGCUACCUGGGGUCGACUA